CUAGCUUCAGGUACGAGGAAGUCAAACUUAACAGUCUGUGUGACUGAGAGGAGAAAUGGCGCAGCAACGAAAUCAGCUGGAUUCAGAGAAACUCUCUUGUUACAUCUGUCUGGAUCUACUGAAGGAUCCGGUCACUACUUCCUGUGGACACAGCUACUGCAUGGACUGUAUUAAAACACAAUGGGAUGGAGAGGAUGGUGAGGAUGGUAAGAGAAUCUACAGCUGCCAUCAGUGCAGGAAGAUUUUCACGCCGAGGCCUGACCUGGAGAAAAACGUCACGUUGGCAGAAUUAGUGGAGGAGAUGAAGAAGACCGGACUCCAAGCUGCUGCUGCUGAUCACUGCUAUGCUGGAGCUGAAGAUGUAGCCUGUGAUGUCUGCACUGGCAGGAAGAUGAAGGCUUUCAGGUCCUGUCUGGUCUGUUUGACUUCUUAUUGUGAAAAUCACCUCCAACUUCACUACGAUUUGGCUCAACUGAAGGAACAUCAGCUGGUGGAGCCCUCCAAGAACCUCCAGGAGAACAUCUGCUCUCGUCAUGAUGAGGUGAUGAGGGUUUUCUGUUGCACUGAUCAGCAGUUGAUCUGUUAUCUCUGCACAAUGGAUGAACAUGAAGGCCAUGAAACAGUCCCAGCAGCAGCAGAAAGGACGAAGAAGCAGGAGAAGCUGGAGGCCAUCAAAGUCUCAGCUGAUAAAACAGUGGAGGACAGUGAGGAGAUGUUCACCCAGAUGAUUCAUCUCAUUCAGAAAAGAAUCUCUGAUGUGAAGCAGCAGAUCAGAUCCCAGCAGGAGACUGAAGUGAGUCGAGUCAAAGAGCUUGAGGAGAAGCUGGAGCAGGAGAUCAGUUAUCUGAAGGAGAAAGAAGCUGAGCUGAAGCAGUUCUCAAAUACACCAGAUCACAGCCAGUUUCUCCACAGCUACUCCUCAGUGUCAGCACUCAGUGAGUCCACUCACGCAUCCAGCAUGAACAUCCAUCCUCAGAGACACUUUGAGGACGGGACGGCAGCUGUGAAAGAGCUCAGAGAUCAAAUGCAGGACGUUCUGAGGGACACGUGGACAAACAUCUCACUGACAAUCACUGAAGUGGAUGUUCUACUGCCAGAGCCAGAACCAAAGACCAGAGAUGAGUUCUUAAAAUAUUCAAGAGAGAUCACUCUGGAUCCAAACACAGCACACAGAGAGCUAGAAUUAUCUGAUGGAGACAGAAAAGUAACAUUAAUGGAUGAAGGACAAUAUUAUCCUGAUCAUCCAGACAGAUUCAUUAGAUGUUGUCAGGUCCUGAGUAAAGAGAGCCUGACUGGACGUUGUUACUGGGAGGUGAAGUGGAGCGGAGACGAAGUUGGUGUGUCGGUCGCAUAUAAGAAAAUCUGCAAAACUGGAACCUCAGAUGAAUGUGAAUUUGGACAAAAUGACAGAUCUUGGUCUUUGUAUUGUUACAUCCACGGUUAUUCAUUUUUAUACAACAACACUCCAACUCACAUCUCUGGUCCUCAGUCCUCCACAGUCGGAGUUUAUCUGGAUCACAGUGCAGGUAUUCUGUCUUUCUACAGCGUCUCUGAAACCAUGACUCUCCUCUACAGAGUCCAGACCACAUUCACUGAGCCCAUACAUGCUGGAGUUCGGUUUUCAAACUAUGGACUUGAUGUUUAUGGUGAUAGGGAGACUGCAAAGUUCUUAAAACUCAAAUAGAGUAAUUCCAGUGUCUGAGGGUCAGUUCAUGUUCAGUCCUGAUUUAAGUUCAUGAUAUAGAGUUUACUUCUGUAGUUGCAGCAUUAAUUAGUCAGAUGAUGACAGAACUGAUUGAUUCUUUAAGGUUUUAGUCAUUUGCAAAUCUGCAUUUAGCUUUUGAAACAUUUCUUGGUUUUAUUUUUCAUAUCUGUCAAGUAACUGAAUGUUUUUGUGGGUUUUGGAUUCACACUGUUGAAUUGUUGAGCUGUGGGGGCUUCAAAUGUUUGUUUGUUUUAGCAUUUUCUGACAUUUUACGCUCAUAAUGAUUCACAGAGAAAAUAAUCAGCAUGCAAUAAUCAUUAAUUGAAGUCUUGUAAUCCAUAGUUUGAUCAUUUCUGUUUGAUAUUUUCUGUGUGACAACUGAGAUUAUUGUUGAUGAACAACCAGUUUGUCUGAAUGUAUUUGAGUCAAUGUUUAAUGUUUUGUAUGAAUUUAUUACAUAAAAGCACAA